AUGGCGGAAAAAAUCCUGCUCAACGAGUACAAAGCCCUCGCCAAAGAGACAUGGACCAACAUCUCCCUCAUCCGCGAGAACAUCUUCGAGUGGAGCGUGGCCCUCGUCGUCCUCAACCCCGAUUCCCACUACUACGGCGGCUACUACAAAGCCAUCAUGAAGUUCCCGCGCAACUACCCCUACGAGCCCCCGGACUUUCGCUUUGAGCGUCCCCUCUGGCACCCCAACAUCUACCCCGACGGUCGACUGUGCAUCAGCAUCCUGCACGCCCCGGGCGAGGACAGCAUGAGCGGCGAGCUGGCGGGCGAGCGAUGGAGCCCGGUGCAGCGUGUCGAGAGCAUCCUCAUCUCCGUCAUCAGCCUGCUCGACGACCCGGAAGUGAGCAGCCCCGCCAACGUCGAUGCCGGUGUCAUGCUGCGCAAAGACCCCGAGGGCUUCAAGGAGCGUGUACGUCAGGACAAGGAGAAGAGCAAAGGUGACAUUCCCGCCGACUUCGACAUGCCGACGCACGAGAGCGCCUUCCGCAAGAGCGAGGCAGAUAAGGUGGAGCCGAACUUCAGCUGGAGCGACUCGGAGGCCGAGGAUGACUUUGGGGGAAGCGAGAGUGACGAGGAGAUGUUCGAUGACGAGGACGAGGACACCGAAGGGGACGCAUAG